AGCAAAAACAAUUCAACAUCAGAGUCUGGAAAGACGUUGUUCAUGGCAAGCUUUCUGCUACAAAAGAUUGGUUAGGCUUUCAUGCAGAGAACAGAGUUCUCCCAAACACUUCAAUCAAGCAUGGCUUUCUCACCUGUUGAAACCCCAAAGGUAGAAGAGAAGGUAACUUCAGAACACUAUGAACGGUCACAGUGGGUUCUCAAUGCCCCUGAUCCCCCAACUACGUGGCACAAGCUCAGGGGUUCUGUGAGCACCACAAUCUCACAGUACCGAGAAAUGUGUUUUGCUCUAAGAACCCAAAAUGGACCUAAAAUUUUACUUUCUUUCUUGGGAGCCAUUUUUCCUAUUCUUCAUUGGGCUCCAAAUUAUUCACCAACCAAGUUCAGAAACGACUUGCUUGCUGGUCUAACCAUAGCAAGUCUCUGCAUUCCUCAGAGCAUUGGGUAUGCCACUUUAGCAAAGCUUGAUCCUGAAUAUGGACUCUAUACUAGUGUGGUGCCACCUCUUAUGUAUGCUUUGAUGGGAACUUCAAGAGAGAUAGCGAUUGGACCAGUGGCGGUGGUGUCUCUUCUUUUGUCAUCAAUGGUUGAGAAAUUAAUAGACCCUGCCAUUGAUCCAAAUGGGUAUAGAAAGCUUGUGUUCACUGCCACUUUCUUUGCUGGUAUAUUUCAAGCUGCUUUUGGACUGUUCAGGUUGGGUUUCCUUGUGGAUUUUGUGUCUCAUGCAGCCAUUGUUGGAUUCAUGGGAGGAGCAGCAAUAAUAAUUGGUCUUCAACAGCUGAAGGGACUGUUUGGAAUAAAUCAUUUUACAAACAAAACAGACAUAAUCUCUGUCAUGAAAUCCGUUCGGGAAUCGCUUCAUCAUACCUGGAAUCCGCUCAACUUUGUGCUGGGAUGUUCGUUCUUCAUUUUCAUCCUGGUUACCAGAUUUCUGGGUAAAAGGAAUAAGAAACUGUUUUGGCUGCCAGCUAUAUCUCCUCUUUUAUCAGUUCUGUUAUCAACUCUUAUAGUUUUCCUGACUAGAGCUGACAAAAGUGGUGUUAACAUUGUGAGACAUAUAAAAGGAGGAUUGAAUCCAAGCUCUAUCAAUCAAAUAGAGUUGAAUUCCCCACAUAUUGGAGCAUUGGCCAAAACUGGACUAUUUGCUGCUGCUGUUGCACUCACUGAAUCAGUUGCUGUUGGACGAUCUUUUGCAUCCAUGAAAGGAUAUCACCUUGACGGAAACAAGGAAAUGGUAUCAUUAGGCUUCAUGAACAUCAUAGGAUGCAUCUCCUCUUGCUAUGUUGCAACUGGUUCUUUCUCCCGCACAGUGGUUAAUUUCACCGCGGGUUGUGAAACAUUAGCGUCAAACAUUGUGAUGUCCAUUGUAGUGAUCAUAUCACUGCAAUGUUUGACGAAGCUAUUGUAUUUUACACCAACUGCUAUUCUGGCUUCGAUAAUCCUUUCAGCUCUGCCGGGACUCAUAGACAUCAACGAAGCUUACAAAAUAUGGAAAGUUGAUAAGCUUGAUUUUCUUGCUUGUGUUGGAGCCUUCUUCGGUGUGAUCUUUGCGUCAGUGGAACUUGGUCUGCUAGUGGCCGUGGCAAUAUCUUUGACAAAGAUAAUUUGGAUCUCGAUCGGAGCAGGCACAGAAACGCUGGGAAGACUUCCAGGCACAGAUCUGUUCUGCGAUGUACAACAGUAUCCUAUGGCUGUUAAGACUCCUGGGGUUGCAAUAAUACGCGUCAAGUCUGCAUUGCUUUGCUUUUCUAAUGCCAAUUCAGUCAGAGAGAGGAUCCUGAAAUGGAUCACUCGGGAAGAUGCAAAGGGGAAAAUAGAAGGCACCACCGGAAGCAUAGUUCAGCUCGUAAUCCUUGAUACCUCUAAUUUGGUGAGCAUUGACACCUCAGGAAUUGCUUCGCUAGAGGAACUGCAUGAGAGUUUGGUUUCAAGUGGAAAGCAGCUAGCAAUUGCCAAUCCUGGGUGGCAAGUGAUUUACAAGCUAAAGGCAACCAACUUUGUUGCAAGAAUUGGAGGAAGGGUCUUCUUGACUAUUGGAGAAGCUAUUGACUGCAAUCUGGAUUUCUAAAUUGCUACUGACAGAACCCUGUGGUGUACCUCUCUUUGUUUACAAGUUGUGUUUGGUUUGAGUUUGAAUGUUGCAAAAUUAUACUCAUGCAUGAUGUUUGUUUUGUGUGUUUAAUGUAGAAUAUGGUGGGACAGAAGAAUAAUCUUCCCAAUCCUUUUAGGACAACACGAAGUGGUAUUGGGCUAUGUAUUGUGGUUUUCUACCUAUCUAUCAUGUAAUAAAAGAAUUAUCCUUUUUUAGUUUGUA